CGCGCAGCCCGGGGCGCUGCAAAUUUCCACCCGGGGAGCGGGAGGAGAGUGCUUGGAUGCGGAGAGUUUGGGAGUUGCUUUUGCGGCGCCGAUGGGCAGGAAGGGGAGCCCGGCUGGGGACAGGGUGGACGACUGGCGGGCGCUAUCUAUCUGGGACUCGCCUCGCUCCCCAUCGCACCCCACCCCACCCCCAAGUGGAGACUGGUCUUCUGGUCGGAUUGCCCGAGCACUUGUUGCCUAAACAGUCAAGGCAUUGGUCCUGGAGGGUCCUGAAGGUGGAAGACGACCCAGGACGACCUGGAAGAAAUAAUCAGCCCUCCUGAUCCUGAAACAGACCCAGGUCUCUUCUUCCCGCCUGCCUAGCAGUAUGAAGACAGCAUGACUGGCCGGCUGCAGGAGACGCCCCCAGAGCCAGGCCCCCAACUCAGCCACUUGCGGCCAAGGUCAAGGUGUGAGUGGCGUCUCCUCCCGGCAGUGGUGUUGGUGAGCCCCGGGGAAGAUGUAAAACCUCCUGCUCUGCACAUGUGUGCUCCAAGCCAGAGGGAACCCCGGCCUCCAGCUCCCCUCCCAGACAUGUCAGCCGUGGAGUAGGGUGGACACUUUCUCUCAGCUUCUCAGGGUUUUUGUCUUUUUUGGGGGGUGGAGGGUUUCUUCAUUUACCCUUUUUUAUGGUUUUGUGGCUGGACAUUCACAACCAAGGCAGACGUCAUGGGGGAUCAGCAACUGUACAAGACCAACCACAUAGCCCAUGGUGGUGAGAACCUCUUUUACCAACAGCCAUCCCUUGGCAUCCAUGGUGGGCUGAACCACAGCUAUGGGACUACAGUUGCAGGGGGUGGAGUGGAUGCCCCUCAAGCCUCGCCCAUAUCCCCCCACUUUCCUCAAGAUACUCGGGACGGUCUGGGCCUACCUAUUGGCUCCAAAAACCUUGGUCAAUUGGAUACCUCGAGGCAGGGUGGAUGGGGAAGCCAUGCAGGGCCUGGAAACCAUGUCCAGCUACGUGGCAACCUGGCCAACUCGAAUAUGAUGUGGGGGACACCAGGCCAGGUGGAGCCCACUGAUGGCUACCAAUACACCUACUCCCAGGCCAGUGAGAUCCGGACCCAGAAACUCACCAGUGGUGUUUUACACAAGCUGGACUCAUUCACCCAGGUGUUUGCCAACCAAAACCUGCGAAUUCAGGUCAACAAUAUGGCCCAGGUGCUGCACACCCAGUCGGCAGUGAUGGAUGGAGCCCCCGACAGCGCCCUCCGCCAGCUGCUGUCUCAGAAGCCCAUGGAGCCCCCGACAUCGGCCAUAGCUUCCCGCUACCAGCAGGUGCCGCAGCAGCCUCACUCUGGUUUCACUGGUGGGCUGCCCAAACCAGCCCUCCAGGUCGGGCAACAUGCAACCCAAGGGCACCUGUUUUAUGACUACCAGCAGCCCCUGGCCCCGAUGCCAAUGCAAGGAGGGCAGCCGCUGCAAGCCCCACAGAUGUUGUCGCAGCACAUGCAGCAGAUACAGCAGCACCAGUAUUACCCUCAACAGCAGCAGCAGCAGCAGCAGCAGCAGCAAGCUGGGCCUCAGCGCAUCUCCAUGCAAGAAAUGCAGCAGCAGCAGCAGCAGCCUCAGCGGCAGGGUUCAAUGCAGAUACCUCAGUAUUACCAGCCCCAACCCAUCAUUCAGCACUUGCAAGAGCAGCCGCAGCAACCCGCACACCUGCAGCCCCCUUCCUACCACAGAGACCCUCAUCAGUACACGCCGGAGCAGGCACACGCUGUCCAGCUCCUGCAGCUGGGCUCCAUGCCUCAGUAUUAUUAUCAGGAGCCCCAGCAACCCUACAGCCAUCCUCUCUACCAACAGAGCCACCUGCCCCAGCACCAGCAGCGUGAUGACGGUCAGCUGAAGACGUAUUCUAGCGACAGGCAGGCCUCAGCUCUUUUGGGCUCCCACGGGGACCUAGCACCUCCUGAUACAGCAAUGGGAGACCCAGCAAGCUCAGAUCUUAGCCGGGCCAGCAGUGCCCUCCCCCAUCAGCCGCUCCUGUCCCCCAGUGGAGCCCACCUCAACAACAUGGGGUCUGAGCAUCAGCAGCCGUCUCCCGGUGCCGUGUGGCCCCAGAUGCAUCUACCUGAUGGGAGAACCCAGCCAGGGUCCCCAGAGUCAAGUGGCCAACCCAAAGGAGUGUUUGGAGAGCAGUUUGACGCCAAGAACAAGCUGACAUGCUCCAUCUGCCUGAAGGAGUUCAAGAGCCUGCCCGCCCUGAACGGUCACAUGCGGUCCCACGGGGGAGUAAGAGCCUCCCCCAACCUCAAACAGGAGGAAGGAGAGAAGGUCCCACCGCCUCCGCCCCAGCCGCCACUGCCGCCUCCGCCUCCGCCGCAGCUCCCUCCUGAGGCAGAACGCCUCACGCCUGUGGUCAUGCCCGUGUCUGUCCCUGUCAAGCUUCUCCCACCCAAGCCCAGCUCUCAGGGGUUCACCAACAGCGUCGCUGCCACCCCCUCCGCCAGAGACAAGCCGGCCAGCUCCAUGUCGGACGACGAGAUGCCUGUGCUCGUGAGGAUGACCCUGUCCCCCCCACACUCUCCCCAAGGGGCUGCCCCCCACGUGCCUGCUGAAAUCCCUCGGAAACACCCAGCGGUGGUGGUGGUGGCCAAGGCCGAGGAGUCCACCAAGCCCGGGCCCGAGAAGAAGAAACCGCGGCACAGGCCCGAGCCCCUCUUCAUCCCGCCGCCCCCCUCCUACACCCAGAACCCCGCCUCCCACUCGGGCGCCACCUUGUACCAGAGCCAGCUGCGCUCCCCGCGCGUCCUGGGCGGCGGCGGCGGCGUUGGCAGCGGCGACCACCUGCUCCUGGACCCCAGCCACGAGCUGCCCCCCUACACGCCGCCACCCAUGCUCAGCCCCGUGCGCCAGGGCUCCGGGCUCUUCAGCAACGUGCUCAUCGCGGGCCACGGCCCCGGUGCCCACCCGCAGCUGCCCCUCACCCCCCUGACGCCCACGCCGCGCGUGCUGCUCUGCCGCUCCAACAGCAUCGAUGGCACCAAUGUGACAGUCACCCCAGGGCCUGGAGAGCAGACUGUGGAUGUUGAACCACGUAUCAACAUUGGCUUGAGAUUCCAAGCAGAGAUCCCAGAACUCCAGGAUGUCUCUGCCCUGGCCCAGGACACACACAAGGCCACACUGGUCUGGAAGCCAUGGCCAGAGCUGGAAAACCAUGACCUCCAGCAACAAGCAGUGGAGAAUCUUCUGAAUUUGUGUUGUUCGAGUGCGUUACCAGGUGGAGGGACAAAUUCUGAAUUUGCUUUGCACUCUCUCUUCGAGGCCAAAGGGGACGUGAUGGCCACUCUGGAAAUGCUGCUGCUGCGGAAGCCAGUCAGGUUAAAAUGUCAUCCUUUAGCAAAUUACCACUAUGCCGGUUCUGACAAGUGGACCUCCCUAGAAAGAAAAAUGUUUAAUAAAGCACUAGCCACUUACAGCAAAGACUUUAUUUUUGUACAGAAGAUGGUGAAGUCCAAGACGGUGGCUCAGUGCGUGGAAUACUACUACACAUGGAAGAAGGUAAUGCGGUUAGGGCGGAAGCACAGGACACGCCUGACAGAGAUCAUCGACGGCUGCAUGACAAGUGAAGAAGAAGAGGAGGAAGAGGAGGAGGAGGCAGAGGAGGAGGAAGAUGACCUGGAGGAAGACAGGAAAUCCACAAAAGAAGAGGAGAGUGAGGUGCCAAAGUCCCCAGAGCCACCUCCAGUCCCCGUCCCGGCUCCCACGGAGGGACCACCCCUGCAGGUCCUUGGCCAACCGUCAGGCUCCUUCAUCUGUGAAAUGCCCAACUGUGGAGCUGUGUUCAGCUCCCGACAGGCUCUGAAUGGCCACGCCCGCAUCCAUGGUGGCACCAACCAGGUGACCAAAACCCGAGGAGGCGCUGUGCCCUCUGGGAAGCAGAAGCCUGCUGGCACCCAGAGCGGUUACGGCUCAGUGAAGAGCUCACCUUCUCACAGCACCACCAGCGGCGAGACAGACCCCACCACCAUCUUCCCCUGCAAGGAGUGCGGCAAGGUCUUCUUCAAGAUCAAAAGCCGAAACGCACACAUGAAAACGCACAGGCAGCAGGAGGAGCAGCAGAGGCAGAAGGCCCAGAAAGCAGCUUUUGCGGCGGAAAUGGCAGCCACGAUUGACAGGACUACGGGGCCCGUGGGGGCGUCGGAGCUGCUGCCCUUGGACCAGCUGACUCUCCUCAAACCCAUCAAGGACGCGGGCAUCCUCGAUGACGAUGUGGUCCAGCAGUUAGGCGUGAUGGGAGAGGCCGAGGUGGUGGGCACAGAUCUUCUCUUGGAUGACCAAGAUCCGGUCUUGCUUCAGGGUGACACGGAACUAUGAAACCCUGCUUGUCACUGAGAGACACAGCAGCCGCAGCGCCCCCGUCUUCACAAGUCAGGAAACCUGGACUGCCUGCUUGUUUUUGUAGCCCUUUUAAACUACCUGUUUAAAAAGUGGUCGUUUUCUUCAGGUUUGGGGGUGGGGGCGGGAAAUCCAGUUUCUCUUUUAUCUUUUUUUAAUUGUUUGUGUUGGGGGCUGGGGGGAAUAAAAAAACUGGCACAACUAUCUUAAAGAGGUGUUUCAUCUGGGCUACAUUUUCAUGAAAUCCUUCCUAGCAAGAGAUGAACCUGACCUUCUUACCCCAUUGCUUUCAGGCGUCAAAGCUUACGAUGAGUGAGCGUGCGUGCGUGCGUGCGUGUGUGCGUGCGUGCGUGUGUGAAGCUCUUCUCUUCCUGCUCACACUUUGGGCCGUGUUUUUCCACCAAGAAUUAUUUUUAUUCUGUUCUGUCCUGACCUGCCAGGGAAUGUUCUUUUUUCUUUCUUCUUUUUUUCUUUUUUCCAAAACAUACAGAUCAGAAGAGCCUAUUCCUUUUUGCAACACAGUUCACAGUCAGUGGCGCUCUGAAAUGACUUUGUACACUUGGAAGGACUGUGAAGCCGCACUCACUGGGACUUGCUGUAGUUCAUGUCUAUUGGACUGAAGCUCUCCUACACGCCGGCUGUAGAGAACAGGGUUUCUUACAUAGAGAUAGCAAAUACAGUGGAAAUUGCAAUGAAAGCCAACAACAAACAACAACAACAAAAAAGUGGGUUCACGUACAUUUUAGCUACAAUGCUUGCAUUCAGACACGAAUGUAUUCGCUUGAAGUCACUUACCAAAGCGCUCCUAGACUUACCUAAACUCUAUGACUCUGCCUCCUCCUGGCCCCUGGCCGCACGGGUGCCCGUUGUACUUGAAGGCAAUAAACCCUUCAGAAAUGUCAUUGCCCAGGCUUCUGUGCUGAGCCAACCUAACCCCUUCCCACCGUUAGGACACAGAUCAGGCCCUGUCCCAGAGACAGUCGUCCCUCUUGGCUCCCUUCAGUGUUAAUAUUACUGUGUGGCCUCUGGAGCAAGUGUCUCCAGGCCCCUCCUUAGGUAAACUAGCGCCCGGCUCUGCGUUCAGUGUGGCUGUUCCGCUGGGCCUCCGUGCUGGCGCAGUAGCUUAACCUUAGGGAGCAUGUUAGCGGAGGGUGGAGGUUGUGUCUGAGGAUCCUUUAGAAGUGAUUCUAAGAAAUCAGUUGGCACACAUUUAUGGGCAACAAGAUGGACCCCACGGCAUACCACAGCCCCACCCAGGCAGUGGUUCCUGAAUCCCAGGAAAGCCGUGCGCAGAACAAAAAAAUGACAAAGAUUCAUUUUGCCCCCACCCUGUUUUCAGAAAUGUCUUAAAGAUUUCCCCUCAUCUUUUUACUUGGAAGAGGGGGGGGAAAAAUGUUUUGGCCGUUGCCACUUGAACAGGUUGUUGUAGCCUGCAUCUGAGCUCAGCAGUUUGGGGUUCAGAAUUGCCUUGGGCAUCGCACAUCAGCUUCGUUUCAGGGAACCAUUCCAAUGGCCCUUCAUUGGUUGAUCCCAAGGUUGGCAACUGCCUUCCACUUAGCCGUUGUUUGAGGGUGAGUCCGGAAGCAAUCGUCCUGCCUUUGGGUCUAUAGCUAGAGGCUUGUCUACAAAAGAAGCAAUUGCCCAGAAAACUAUGAAGUAAACGUAUUCCUCCUGCUUGGAGAUUUGCCCAGUUCUAAACAUUAGAAACCAACCCCAAAUAUGUAAUGCACAAUUGACUUUUAAUUUUCCAUGCAGUGUAACAUAAAGGCUUUUUGACUUGAAAUAACCAAAGAACGCCUCCUUCACGAGACAGUUCAAAGACCUGAAUUCAUAUUUCUGGACUAUCAACUGAAAGUUGACUUCCUAGUAAAAUAUUGCACUUAUUUUAUUUUCCUGAAGUAACUCUGCCUGCAUGUAUGUGUUGUGUGUUAGCGCCUCACCUGCAUCCCACCCCACCCCAAAGAACUUUUCUUCCUGAUGGUUAAUGUCUUCAACUCGGUUACUGUUUAUCAUCAGAUGGUUUUUUUUUUUUUCAUUAGUGAAUUUAAACCCCUUUGAGAAAGCUUGUAUAUAAAAAGUGAACAGAUAUAUUUUAUGGAAAAAAAACCCAUCUUAUUUUCAAAAUAUAUUUAACUGCUGUUAUAUUUUAUUAGAGGAAGGUUGUAAAUAUUUUCUAGGAGUUCUAUUGUAAAGAAAAGUAUUUUUGAAAAAAAAUUAAUGUAAUAAAAAGGAAACCAUUUUUAAAUAGUGGUUGUGAUUGCUUCCUUCUUCCUCCUCCUCUUCCUCUUCUUCUGGCUUCCUUAUAUUCUCUUCUCAGCCGAUGGUUUGCAUGCCUUCACAUCAGGAUGUAAUUUGUUCAGGUUUGCACUAUUAUAAGUGGACAUCAUGAUAUUUCCUGUGCUUAACUGUAUUUUCCCGGAAUGCAGGUCCCUUGGUCCAUAUCAAGGCACUAUGUAUAGCAUAUUCAUACUUUUUCUUUUGUAAUGUGUGUAUUUUUAAUAAGGAUUUUAUGUAACAUUUUGGCAAAAAAAGGACAGUAUUUUCUAGUGAAUUUUAUAAUAACAUUUUGCUAAAAAUGUUUCUUCCUAGGUCAGUUUUUGUUAAAGUGAAACCAAAAGUCUUAUUUUACCAGGGUUUAAAAAAAAAGUUGGAAGCUUGAAAGCAAAGCUAUAUUUAAACAUCAUAUGUAACAAAUAAAUAAAGAUGUUUUAUAGACUUGUCCUAAAAGGGUGCAUUCCUUAAAUUUAAAGAAACUAAUCUGGGGCAUUUUAGGUUGUUUUCUGUCCUGAGUGUUGAGGAUUUUUAAAAAUGAUCACAGUGCUUUUCAGGAAGAGAAGAUGGAGACCAUUAUUCAAAUUACAGCCAACUAGCCUCCUCAGAAAUUUAUUACAGUUUCUGUCCAUGGGCAUUCAUCAAAUAGAAAUGUAACCAAAUGCACACUGUUCUGUUUAUUUGUGAAAACCUGAUUCAAUAUUGCAUCAGCUGCUCUGAAAAUAAAAUAUUACCUUUUUGAGUUUCA